AUGGACAAAGGACAUCCCAUGGAUAUCUCCCCACCACCUGAAUCAAACAUGGUGGAGAAGUCAGACUCACAGUUCAAACCCCGUGGGGCCUCCAAUAACAUACUGACCUAUUUAAUCAAUAGACAACUGGGGAGGCCCAGAAAUGAUGUGGAUCUGUCCAAGUGGGUGUGGAUGCUCACAUGA